GUCUACAUAAAUGCGAUGAUUGCGUGCGCCCGCGAACGAAGCGAUUUGGACGAUUGGACGACGAUUUUCUGAUGUUUACGUUUGUGUUCGUGCGAUGGAAUAUACGUGUGUGUACUGAUAUAAAACGAUAAUCAGUGAAGGUACGAGGUUGCGUAAGGAGAUUGAUCGAAGUUAUUUCUGAAAAUAUCAGGAUUAUGUAAGAGAAUAAAAUAGAGCACAUAUAGGAACUUCGAAGUCUUCGAAGAGAUCGAAGGUACUGUGCGGGGAUGUGGUAAGGAUACCGGCUACUAGCGCUCGUAUCGUGCAGUGGAACCCGUAAGAACCUCGGCGCGCUACCACUGCUGCAUCGUUCGCCGAGCGGUCCACGGGUUCGAAAGCGAAAAUUUCCUGCACGUGAGCUUUUCCAGCGGGCGCUGGACCAGAGAGAAAUACGUUAUAAAGACUGGGCACGCGUCUGGCGGCUCGUUCAGUUGCCUCGUGAAAAGCGUAAGAAGAAAUUCGCCUGCGGCAGCUGUUCGUCUUAGAGAGAAGUGCCGAGGUAUCAGAGACGUGGUGUUGACGUUUUCGCCAUGGGGCUCGUGUACCGCGCAGCGAUUUUGUUGGUGGCUCUUCUCGCGGUGACCUCAUCGAUCGACAGAGUCAACGCGAAAAUCAAGAAGGUCGAGCUGAUCGUCGAUCGCUCGUCUAACCGCAGAGUAGGCUACGUCGUGACCAAAGUGCAUCCCAUCGACCGUAAAGACGAUGCCAAAGAGACGGAUACGCCGAAGGACUCGACGAAUAAGAUCGACCGCAAUACCGUUGGCGAAGAGGAGUAUGAACACGCGGGCGAGAUGAUACAGGUGGAGUCUGCUCCUGACGCGCAGGCUGUGGAGUCCAGCUAUGCGGGUGAAUUCAGCUCCUCCCACAGUUUUUCAGAAGAGCAUCAUCAUUACCACCACUUCGAGCACUCACCAGAAGAACACGACGUGAAAACCAUAACGAUCGUCAAGAAGGUUCCGGAGCCUUAUCCCAUCGAGCGAACCGUUCACGUACCGAUUUACAAGAAAGUCCCGUAUGCCGUGGAGGUUCCGGUGCCCGAGCCCUAUCCGAUCGAGAAGGAGAUCCCCUACCCGGUGAAGGUCGUGGUGAAGGUACCAGUCAAGAUUCCCAAACCGAUCGCCGUGGUUAAGGAGUCCUACUACCCGGUGCACGUACCGGUCGAUCGACCGGUACCGCACCGGGUCUACGUACCCGAUCCCUAUCCCGUGGAGAAGAAGGUCUACUACGAGGUGAAGAUCCCGUCACCCGAGCCCUUCCCGGUCGAGCGCAAGAUACCGAUCCCCAUCAAGAUACCGGUACACGUGCCCCAACCCCUGCCCGUCGACAAAAUCGUGCCUUAUCCGGUGAAGGUUGAGGAGGAACGACCCGUACCCUACUACGUGAGCAAGCCCUAUCCGGUGCCCGUCGUCAAACACGUGCCCUUCCCCGUUGAGAAGUACGUGGGGUACCCGGUGAAGGUCAAGGUCGACAAUCCCAUACCGGUGCCCUACGAAAAGCCAGUGCCGGUCGAGGUUGAGGUGCCCGAGGAAGUGCCCUACCCUGUCGAGAAGGAAGUGCCCUACCCGGUGGAGAAGGAGGUACCCUAUCCAGUACUAAUACAGGAGGAGAAGAAGGACGAGAAGGUCAUCGAGUCCAAGAUCGGUGAGAAGCCGAUCAAGGAGGAUGUACAGGAGGAGAAGAAGCCCACAGAAACGCCGAAAGCCCAGGAGGAGAAGAAGCACGAGUGAUGUGUUCUGUUAUAAUGCGAUGCUCGAAAGUCGGUUUCUUGCUGUUAUUUAGUUUUUAAUAGAUUCUGCCGUCGAUUUGCGUCGUUCAUCGUCGGUUAUAUCACGACAACGGGGCGGCGAGCGUCUCCUUAAACUUUUAACCAUCUGCAAGUAUUGUUUUGAGUAUAAUUAUUUGUAUACAAACCUUAUAGCUUGAUUAAGUUCUACCGCGCCUUAUUUUUUACCGCUGUAGUUUUAUACAUUAUUUUUUACCGUCCGCUGUUAUUGUGCUAUUCUCACGACGAGGAAAACUCCAUCAUGUAAAAUAUUGUAAAAACACGAGCUGAUCCUUAAGUCCAACAAUAUACAAGUUUUAUUUA